UUAUGCCUAAAGGUAUUUUAAAUUUGUGAAUUUUGUCAAAUUUUGUUUACUAUUUUAUUUCUGUUAUUUUGGUUUUAAAUUACAAUUGUUUUCCACCUAAAUAAAUAAAAAUGUACGGAAAAGAAGGUUUGAAACUUAUAAACGAAUUAGUUCUCUCUGACGAAAUCAAACCAUUCAAUGAUUUUGUUUUUAAAAAUGUUCUCGAUGAAAUGAAAACACUGACAGACGACAAUUACGAACAAGUACGAACAGUGACUGAGGGAGUUGAUAUUCGCGGCUCGAUUCAACUUCGUCACAAUGCUUUGGAAAGAAAUAAACGUCUUCUUUUAACUUACGUCAGUCAUCGAAUGGAGAGAUUGAAAAAAAUGAGAUGGGAAUUGGGAAGUAUUCUUCCACCGGAAAUAAAGGCGAAUUUAAUUGCUCCCGAGGAAAAGUGGUUUAAUAAUUAUAAUAAAGCAUUGGCAUCUUAUAUGCGAACAAUUGGAGACGGAAGGGGACUCAACAUAAUGAAAGAUAUGGUUCCACCGAAAUCACUUUAUGUUGAGGUUCGAUGCUUAGUCGAUUAUGGCAAAUUUGAAUUCGAAGACGGUCAAGUUGUUAAUUUAAAGAAAAAUACACAUCACUUGCUUCCAAGUACAGAAUGCGAAACACUAAUAAGACAAGGUAUUCUUGAACACGUUACUAAUUAGAUUUUUCUUCUCCAAUUUAAAUAAUAAUUCGAGUUAAGUUCAAAAAUUAUUAAAAACUUUUCGAAUUAAAAAGUAUUUUAAAAAAAAAAUUACAACUUAAAAUCAAGUUAAAAAAUACUAAGUUCUAUUUAAUAAAUUUAAGUCUAACAAAAAAAAAUGUAAAUAAUUUAAUAACUUUAAAUAUAAUAAAUAAUAAAUGUAA